AUGCGCCUAGAGAAACAACAAAACCAUUCUACCGCACCGUGGCAGGCUCUUUCGACUUAUAUUUCAACGUACGUCGAAUAUGAGACUCGAUCACGGCUUGAGGCCCAGCAAGCGCAGUUUAUCUUUAUGCAGCACGUACGGGAAUGUAACUUUUCAGCGACUCUCAGCUUGAUCGCACGAAUCGCACAAAGCCUCAUGAUCCCACCGCGGCAACGGGAAACCAGAAACACAAGCGUGCGUCGUGACACGGCCAAAAUGCCGUUUGUGCUCCCUGACUUCAUGUAG